UCGAAUAAACAGUAGCGCACAGACACGGAACAGUACUCAAGCUCGUUUCAUAUCUCAAACCAAGAGGCACACUCAAUAGAUAAAAAAUAGAAAGCAACAGGAGUUAAAACCACCAGUUGCGUUUGUAUCAUUUCUUUUUGCCAUAAGUGACAGUGUCAAGAGGUUAGUGCGUGUGAAUCGAACUCAUAUUGAACGGGUUGUGGACACUUCAACAGUUAAAAUAGAUAAAAAUGGAGUACCAAAUGAUCGUCUUUGCUUUCGUUGCGUGUAUCGUAUUGUCCAUAUCAAAUGUGGCGACAUCAAAAGAGAUCCUAAAUGCGCCCGCACUGUGCGCGCCCGAUAUUGUAGAAAGUAUGCCAGCCCACAUUCGAAAAGUAUGCAUUGCACUGGAAAAUUCAAAUCAAUUGUCAUCGGCACUAAAUCAAUACAUUCACAAUGAAGCGGCGGCAUUGCUGUAUCGACCUGAGGAUUUAUCAUCACAGCUCAAUUCACCAGCUGGAAAACGGACCGAUGUUGACCACGUAUUUUUGCGCUUUGGACGAAGGCGUUAAAUCUACAUCAAUUCCCCUUUGCUCCAGCCGUUACAACCAAAUGCCAACUGAAAUUUGAAAACAAAAACGACAACUGUUUUUCGUCAACCACAUCUUCUUUUCAUGAAUGUAAAAUAAAAAAAAAACAUUUUCCCAUGUAUGCAACGAUUGAAGAAGAACAUGUUCAUCAUUUUAUUAUCACUUAAUUUAUUGUAAAAACACAUUCUCAAAAAACGAAAAACGAAAUGGUAAUAUUUUUUUGUGUUUGUAUUCAUGAGGAGAUUAACAGAGAGAGAGAGAGAGAGAGAGAAUGCUAUUUUUUCGUAAAAUGAGAAUAGACGUUUAAAAUCAUAAAGAUUACGUAACUAAUUGAUCUCUGUGUCAUAUUUAUUGUGUAGAACAAAAUUUAUUUCUAAAUUUAUCAUUGUAAGCAAAUCACUAUAAAACACCUGCAAACAUUGUACUUUGUGGAUCCACAUCCACACCACACGCAAAACCAAUUGAGAUUUGUGUACUUCAUUCACAUUUAUUAAUCGAUGUAUGGUAUAAAAUACACACACUUAUCAUAUUGUUCUAUCAAAAAAGAGAACUAUUACUUAAUUUAGACUCUAGUCAACGCAUCUAACACAUACACUACAUAAUUUGGUGGUCAUUUUAAUAUACGAAUAAAUUCCAAGCAGAUGGAAUCUUAACGAUAACAUUUUAAA